AUGCGAGACAGCACACUGACCUUGCAAAGCAACAACGUCGAUAACACGGACUCGCGAUUUCUCCAACUCCCUACCGAGAUACGAACCAUAAUCUUCAACGAGGUUCUUCACAUCGAUACCAUCUACGUGGGCCUGACGCGCUCACCCGACCAAAAGACCAUGCGAUUCGCCUACAUCCCUUCCAACGGCACUGCACUCCGCAAAGUGAUCUAG